CUGGGCGGCUGGGCCAACCCUGCUGUAACAUGCAAAGCUGCCCCGGGGUGUGGAGGACGGUGGCGAGGGGAAGGCUUGCUGGCGUGGGAUUCGGGGCACUGUUGGGACUCGGGCUUAGGGACGAGGACUUUGACGAAUUAAAUCUCUAGGAACCAGCCUGGCCUGGGUGGUGCUGGAGAGAUGGCAUCUGGGGCAUCAGAGUCUUGCAGAAUACUGAUACCUGUGGACUCUAAAAUGGACCUCAUGUACAGAGACCCCUGACACCUUAAUGGACAAAAACAUGAAUCCGUUUGUGUUGUGGCAUUCAUAUCCUUGGAGAGAGCUUUGGAACUCUCUCUUCCAUCAGACCUCUGUUACUAUAAUCCUCUGAGUGUCAUCUCAGGACCUUGGUCACCCUCAUGGCACAAUGGCCCACCCUCAGGAACACCAGAGCAGCUCUUCUCCACGCCUUCCCUUGAAUGAAAACAGAGCCUUCAGUGGGUUACAAGGUGAACUUACAGCUAUGGGGAACCACCCUUCACCGAAGCCCCUCGAGAACCAGCAGGAGAAGGUUGGGCAGACAGAGCUAACAGAGAACACGAACAGCCCCAUCACUACAACAGUGCUGACCAGUGUAAGCGAAGAUUCCAGGGACCAGUUUGAGAACAGUGUUCUUCAGCUGAGGGAACAGGAUGAAUCAGAGAUGACUGUUUCUCCAGGGAACAGCAGCACUGUGGACAAAGGGAACACGGGCACAACUGAAGACGUCAAGAUUCAGUUCAGCAGGUCAGGCAGUGGCAGUGGUGGGUUUCUGGAAGGACUAUUUGGAUGCCUGCGGCCUGUGUGGAACAUCAUUGGGAAGGCGUACUCCACUGAUUACAAACUGCAGCAGCAAGAUACUUGGGAAGUGCCAUUUGAGGAGAUCUCUGAACUGCAAUGGCUGGGAAGUGGAGCCCAAGGAGCUGUCUUUCUGGGGAAAUUCCGAGCAGAAGAGGUGGCCAUCAAGAAAGUGAGAGAACAAAAUGAGACCGAUAUCAAGCAUUUGAGGAAGUUGAAGCACCCUAACAUCAUCGCAUUCAAGGGCGUUUGUACUCAGGCCCCAUGUUAUUGCAUCAUCAUGGAAUACUGUGCCCACGGACAACUUUAUGAGGUCUUGCGAGCUGGCAGGAAGAUCACGCCUCGUUUGCUGGUGGACUGGUCCAUGGGAAUCGCAAGUGGAAUGAAUUAUUUGCACCUCCAUAAAAUUAUUCAUCGUGAUCUUAAGUCACCUAAUGUUUUAGUGACUCACACAGAUGCAGUGAAAAUUUCAGAUUUUGGUACAUCUAAAGAACUCAGCGAUAAAAGUACCAAGAUGUCCUUUGCUGGUACAGUUGCAUGGAUGGCACCAGAGGUCAUACGGAAUGAACCUGUAUCUGAAAAAGUUGACAUAUGGUCUUUCGGAGUGGUGCUUUGGGAACUUCUGACAGGAGAGAUCCCCUACAAAGAUGUAGAUUCAUCAGCCAUUAUCUGGGGUGUUGGAAGCAACAGCCUGCACCUCCCGGUUCCUUCCACUUGCCCAGAUGGAUUCAAAAUCCUUAUGAAACAGACAUGGCAGAGUAAACCUCGCAACCGGCCUUCUUUUCGCCAGACACUCAUGCACUUAGACAUCGCAUCUGCAGACGUGCUCGCCACCCCACAAGAAACUUACUUCAAGUCUCAGGCUGAAUGGAGAGAAGAAGUGAAAAAACACUUUGAGAAAAUCAAAAGUGAAGGAACCUGUAUCCACCGACUGGAUGAGGAACUGAUUCGUCGGCGGAGAGAAGAGCUCAGACAUGCUCUGGAUAUUCGAGAACACUAUGAGAGAAAGCUUGAACGGGCUAACAAUUUAUACAUGGAGCUGAGUGCCAUCAUGCUGCAGCUGGAGAUGCGGGAGAAGGAGCUCAUUAAGCGAGAGCAAGCAGUAGAAAAGAAGUAUCCUGGCACCUACAAACGACAUUCCGUCCGUCCAAUCAUCCACCCAAAUGCCAUGGAGAAACUCAUGAAAAGGAAGGGUGUGUCUCACAAGCCUGGGGUGCAGACUAAGCGGCCAGACCUGCUGAGAUCUGAAGGUAUCCCCAGUAGCGAGGUUGUUCCCACCGCAUCCCCUUUGUCCGGAAGUCCUAAAAUGUCUACUUCAAGCAGCAAGAGCCGAUAUCGGAGCAAACCACGCCACCGCCGAGGGAGUAGCAGAGGCAGCCAUAGUGACUUUGCGGCAAUCUUGAAAACCCAACCAGGCCAGGAAAACUCACCCCAUCCCACUUGCUUACACCAGGCUCAGACCCAGUACCCUGCUUCCCAUCAACAGAAUCCUCUGAAGCAGCAAUACCAGCAGUCCCCUCCUGCCAAGACUCAGAGUCACCAUCCCAGAGUCAGUAUGCACGGACAGGACAUUGCAACCUGCGCCAAUAACCUGAGGUAUUUUGGCCCAGCUGCAGCCCUUCGGAGCCCACUCAGCAACCACGCUCAGAGACAGAUGCCCGGCUCCAGUCCAGACCUCAUCUCCACAGCCAUGGCAGCAGAUUGCUGGAGGCAUUCUGAACCUGACCGGGGCCACACUGGUCCCUGGGGCUGUUGUCAGACUGACCCCUAUGACCCCUAUCUUCAGCGCAGGCCAGAACAUUCUGGGUCUUUAGAUGUACCCACUACUGAGCCAGUGGGGAGGAGCCCUGACCUUUCUAAGUCACCAACACAUAAUCCUCUUGUGGAAAAGGCCCAAGGCUCGGAGAAAAUGAAGGAAAUUGAAUUUAAUGGCUAUCAAUCUUCUGUCUCUCGUCAAUUCACCCCCCCAAUGCUACCUCAAAGCACAAGGCCCCUUGAGAAGAGCGGUGAUGACUCCUCCGAAGAAGAAGGGGAAGUAGAUAGUGAAGUCGAAUUGCCACGAAGACAGAGGCCCCAUCGCUGUAUCAGCAACUGCCAGUCAUACUCAACCUUUAGCUCUGAAAAUUUCUCUGUGUCUGAUGGAGAGGAAGGGAAUACAAGUGAUCACUCCAACAGUCCUGAUGAGUCUACUGACAGACUGGAGAGCCUGGCAGAGAAACUAGAUGACCUGCUGACCCAGACACCUGAGGUCCCCAUUGAGAUCUCCUCCCACUCAGAUGGGCUCUCUGACAAGGAAUGCGCUGUACGGCGUGUGAAGACCCAGAUGUCCCUCGGCAAGCUGUGUGUGGAAGAGCGUAGCUACCAGAACCCUGUGCAGUUUGAAGAUUCCGACUGUGACUCUUCAGAGGGGGAGUGUUCAGAUGCUACAGUUAGGACCAGCAAACACUACAGUUCUGCCACUUGGUGAUGAAGGAAUCUCCAUCAGAAGACCUUGGGACACUGGCUUCUCGAAUCUACUCAAGCCUAUACUUGUCCCUUCUUUUUGCCUUGGAGGAGCUGCCUACCUUGACCACCCCAGAAAUGAGCUGCAAUAACAGGAACAUUAGACUCUACAAAUCUCUGGAAAAAUAUCCAGAGAUAUUAAGUAAUUAAGUCUCACUGAACAUUUCAAUCAAGAAUGGCAGGGAUCUAUUUUAUUGAAUAUUCUAGCUACUGUAACACUGAUAUUUAUUUUCGUUGGACAUUUUAACACUUUGUACUGUAGAGUGAGUAUAUAUGAUACACAGAGAGACACGAUAAUUUCUUUACAAAAGGAAGGAAGGAAGGAAGGAAGGAAGGAAGGAAGGAAGGAAGGAAGGAAGGAAAGAAGGAAGGAAGGAAGGGUCUUUAGGAGCAACACUUGGAGGCUGGGAGGUGUUGCUGCUGGAAUAGAGGACCAGGUCUUUUCUCUAUAAGUGACUGAAGAGCCAGAACAAGACAUUAAAACACAAACAAGAGAAAAUGCAAUUCCAGGUAUUUGUGAACAGAUCACAUUCAAUUCAACCAACUUGUUCUCGUGAGGGAAGGAAGUGGCGUGGAGGUUUGGUGACUUGGUAACACCAAAGCCUUUGAGGGCAUGUGCUUCCUCUAAGAGGAAAAAACAUAACUGUGUAUGUGGAUUUUAUUUCUUAACCUUUAAGCAGAAUUUGGUAGUGAGGCUUGCAGUAGCAUCCAGUCUUGCCCUUGGCAAUUAUUUUGCUUUUUAAUGCUGUCACAGCUUUGACCAAUGUGGUCUUUAUGUCUCAAGUGCCAUUUCUCCAAAGUAGCUUCUUUUUUUGUACCUGUUGGCCACUUCUUUUUAGGAAGGUGGGGCAGGGGGUUUAGGAAGGUAGGAAGAUCCUAAGGAGGAGAUAAAGGGUAAGAGAAAAAGAACAUCUACAACAUUACAAAACCAAAUUUGUAGACGUUCCUUUUUCUCAGGGCGUGCAGCUAUACAAGAAAGCUGGAACCAGCCCUCUGGACCCAGUUUGUGUCUGCUGGAAUCAUUGAUUCAAGCAGAAGGCAGCUAGGAGAUGUAUGUGUCAUGUCCAAUCCCAACCCAUCCCCUUAUUUUCAUUCAUGAACUCAUUCUUGCUUAAGUGGAUGACUAUACUUGUCAGAAUAAGGGCAGAAUAAGCAACUUGCAAAAAGGUGACCCCUCUCUCACCACAUUUUUAUUAAAUGUUACUUGUAAAAUAUAUUUUACUUCACUGUGAUUCACUUUGAUUUUUGAUUAGUUUGAUUAUGAAAUGUAUAAGAAGAGCAACCGGUGUUAAGCGGGAAUUAGAAGUAUUUUACUUUAGCAAAAAACAUGAGAUCUUUUUCUGUCACCAGAGUCCUGGGCUAUGAAAAGUACCCCAAGGUACUUCAUGGAGCCUUGGCUUUAAGAGGAAGAGUUCUCACUGUAGUUAAGGCUAUCAUGAACCACUGACCCUCUUGCCUCAACCUCCCAAGAGCUGGGAUUACAGGUGGGCACCGCCAUGCCUGGCUUAAGGGUGUUCUUAUUUAAAAUUUUAUGUUGACCUGAUUCCUCUCCCAGAUAGGCUACUGCCAAACAACCUCUCCCCCACUGCCUGGACUCUGAUAGUGUACCCUGUAGAAUGUUAAGUAUUAAAGCAUUCCAACCCAAAUGAAAAGGUACCCUUCAGCUGGAUGUACUGAUUGCAUCUGCCAGAAAAGAAAGGCAAGAGGGUGGAGAGCGGUCCUUUCCUUUGGACAUCCCAUUUGUUUACACUUUAUGUUGAGACAUUAAUUUAAAAUUUAGCGUCUGUAUUUAGCUCAUAGGAAAGAUGAAGGAAAAAUGUUUAAUUUAUACAAACAGCAGUAUUGUUUCAUUAAAUUAUUCCAUUUUGUAUAAACUCUGUAGCUGGACUACAUGACAAAUCUUAAGUUAUGGCAUUAUUGUUACUUUGUUUUAUAUCACCAUUCUCAUUUUCUGUUGACCAGAAGGUGUGGCUUAUGAUGUAGCAAAAUGAUUAUGCUCACUGCUAACCAUGAAGUACUACAGAUUUUUGUGAUCUUAAGUGAAGGCACGGGAAUGGAGCUGCCACCAGGCGUGCGCUGGCCUUUCUCUCGGCUUCACACCCUCAUUUUCUGUGUGCAGCAAUGAUAGAUACACUGUGAUUCUCUUGAUCGUAAAAGCUCCUGAGUGGGCAGAUAAUGGGUAGAUGGACAAGUAAUUCAAAAGCUAUAAACCUUCUAAAAUUCCUUAGAAAUAAAAUCAUGGGCCUGCAUUCAAGGCAAAAAAAAAUUUUUAAUGCUCUGAUUAGUUUCAAGAAUUGACAUUGUAGCUUGGAUUCUCUUUCCUAAGUCCCACAAAACCAGCCUUCUCCUCCUAAUUGGGAAUAGCAUAAAAACUGAAAAAGAAAAGGAACAGAAAAUGCCAAGCUGUGACGUGAUCCUAUAAGAUAUGAACUUGAAGGAGGCGUAGUCACUUGGAGGGGCCCAGGGCUGGGAAGUAACUUGAAAGCAGUACCUGACUUCAGAUGAUCCCCAUGAACCUCUACAGUUCAUUACUAGGAUGGAAACAGUACAACUUUGACACUUUAUAUACAACACAGAACAACCAGCACGGCACUUCAAUUUGUUGUUUUGGGCGUUUUUGUUGUUUUGGUUUUGCUUGUUUUGCUUUCGUCUACCUUUAGUGGCGACAGAGAAAUAUAAAGAUCAAUUUCUGUCCAGGACCUUUCAGUGAUGGUCUUCCUAAAAAGCCCACCCCUGAUACUUCAUAAUUUUGAUCAACACUUCAUAUUGCCAUCUCGACUGUCACACAAAUGCCACCUUACCUAGAUUAACUAUUAUAAGCAUGCUAGGUCAGUGGUGUUCACUCUUCAAACAUUCACUGUCUUGUUAAGAUAUGAAUAAAGUCCACAAUGAACACUUUUUGAGUAGAAUUAACUAGAGAAAAGAAGAGUGUCCUAAGUGAGGUUAAAGGGGAAAAAAUCCCUUCUCCAUCCCUGCCUGCCUUGUGAUAACCAGGAAACCCUUGAACUGAUGUGGGUUUCUUUAGAAGCAGCUGGUUUUGGAAGCGUAUUAAAUCAAUAGCUCAGGGAAUUUAAGAGGCAGCUCUUCAGUGCCGUAGGACACCAAGGUGCUUCGCAAUGCCCGCUUCAUCACCGCUACAGGGUGUCUACACUCUUUGAACAUCUACUUUUGGAGUUAUUUUUUGAGACAGGGUGUCCCUGUUGCCCCAGCUGACCUUGAACUCAGAGAUCCAUCUGCCUCUGCCUUCUGAAUGCUGGGAUUAAAGGCAUGAGCCACCACACCCAGCUGAACAUCUUUUUUUGUCCAACUACAAAAUGAAUUUCAUUUUUUAUUGCAGAUAAGUACUUGAUUUUAGUUUUUCUAAAUCAUGUCUCUGAAUAAAAUUCACCUUAAAAUUGCUUAGCACCAGGAUGCAGAAGCCUGCAUCCACUUUGAAAUUGUAACAGACCUUAUCACCACCGAGUUUGGAGCUAGCUGCAGGACUGUGAGAUGCUCCUGCUCAGGAGGCUGAAGGUGUUAACUGUUGGAAGGUGAUUUAGGAUGGCCUACUUGAAGUUCAAUUCUAAACCUUUAGGAUCACCAAAUUCAUCCUUCUGGAAUUAAAGUAGUUUUGAACAAGCUCUAGAUUAUUUGCUUUAGGGCUCCAUUGUGUUAAAAUUAUUCCUCUUACUCUUAAUAGAUGUGACGGUCUGGAGUUUCUUGGGUCUGACAUCAGUUAUUAAGUGCUCUCUACUAAGUAGCACGGACAGCCUCUCAGUGGGAAUAUGUCCUCAUUGAUUAGAUGGUUUACCAUUUUUCCCAUGCCCUUUUAUCUCAAAUUUUUUUGUUGGUGGUGUUUUUUUUGAGACAAGGUCUCCCUGUAGCCCCAGCUGCCCUGGAACUCACUAUGUUGACCAGGCUGGCCUCGAUCU